UUUAUUUUUUUAUUUUUUCCAUUUUCCAUUUUCUCUUCCAUUUUUUGAGCUCGCUCCAUCGCCAUCGCUCCAUUUCUAGCAACCAGCCAUCGCUCACACUCCGACACACAUAUACACAAACACAUACACACGCCACUCGAGCAACCGAGCACACACACUCAGCGAGAUGGACACGCCGUCGAUUAUUCGCGUUGAGGUGCCACAGGCCAACUCGACCAAGAUGAUGCGCGUCGAGCUGGCGACCGAGACGGUUGGCUCGCUCCGUGGGCAGCUGCUCAAGAAGCUGAUGCCGCAAAUGUUCCCUGCAUCGACCACGACAGCCAUCGUCGCGACCUUCCCCAGCACGAACGACGCAACGCCCGUCUGGUCGCUCAACGAUCUCAAGCUCUUCCUUCCGCGGUCGCCAAACAACACGGCCAUCGGCGACUUUCUGACCAAAGACAGCCAGCUGCUCAGCAGUCUCGGGAUUGACACCAACACUGUCCUGAUCCUCAAGUCCGAGGGCGUGUACUCGGGUCCGUCCGGUGCGUUCGAAAAGGCGCUCGGUCCAAUCUUUGGCGUGCCACUCGCAGCCGCCACAGAGCGCAGCGGAGGCACACUCGAGUAUCCUGCUCUCGUUGAAAAGGUCAUUCAGACUCUGACCGUCCGAGGGUUGGACAAAGAAGGCAUCUUCCGUUUGUCGGGGACGGCAUCGCAGAUCCAAGCGCUCAAAGUUCGAUUCGAUCAAGGCGAGAAUGUCAAUUUGGAUGAGGUGCACGAUCCGCACGUCGUUUCGGGCUUGCUCAAGCUCUUUUUGCGAGAAAUGCCAGAGCCGCUCCUCACGUUUGCGCUAUUCGACUCGUUUGUGGCUGCCCAAAACGCCGUCAACGAAACUCAGCGUGCGUCGUACUUUCGCGCUUGCGUGGCGGCUCUGCCACCAUGCAACUAUGCUCUGCUCAAGCGGUUGCUCGGGUUUUUGCUCGAGGUUUCGCGCGGAGCAGCCGUCAACAAGAUGGCACUCGAGAAUCUCGCCACCGUGUUUGGUCCGAAUAUUCUGAAGCGCGAAGGAGAAACCCCGCUUGACAUGGUCAAAAACACUGCCACCGUCAACUCGGUCUGCAACCAACUGAUCAAGCUUUCACCCCAGAUUUUUGAAAAUCCAGAGCCGUCGCCGUUUGUUGCGAUUGCAUCCGCGCUCUACUCGUAUACGCCAAACACACCCGCUGAGCUUCAGUUGACUGAGAGCGAUAUCAUUUUCGUCGCCAAAGCCGAGGCUUCUGACGGUUGGUGGGAGGGCGAAGUGGCUGGCCGUGCCGGCUUGUUCCCCGAGAAUUAUGUCAAGGUCAUGUGCAAGCUCAACAUCAAUGCCAACAAACAGGCCAAGGCACAGGCAGCCAACCCCGGUGAUUCUCAGGCAACAAAGCGACUCCAGGAUGAGCUUGCAGCCUUGCAGCUCCAACUGAAGCAGGAAUCACAGCAGCGCAAGGACGCAGAGGCCAUCCUCGCCUUGCUGUCCGACAAUUUUGCCGAGCUGGGGCGGAAACUGCGCGCCCUGGAAAAUGCCAACGAAGUCCUGCGGGCCGAAGUCACACGGCUCCAGCAAAGCACGCGCAGCUAGUAGCAUUUAUCAUUUUUUUUUUUUUUUUUUUUGCAGCGAAGUUUGGUGUUUUCAUGGACAGUGUUUUGUUGUACAAGUGGUUUUGUUUAUGCGUGUAUGUGUGUGUGUGCUUCGCUGCUGUUGUCAUUAUCACAAUUGCUGUUUUUCCUUCAGUUCAACCGCUAAGCCG